GAGCUAAAUUAGAGUGGUGGUUGACGAAUAUAUGCCGUAUGUGACUGCGACAGUGGCUAAAUCCAAAAGAAAAUGGGCACGUUUACCUUUCGCCAACAGCUCCAUGCACAUGCAGCAGGGAGAGCCCCAAACACGCUCGAUCGCUUGGACUCCAAUCAUGAAGCACUCGAUAUUAAUAGACCCGGAUGGAUACUCCUUGCCAUCAAUCUCAGUACCCGUAGAAAUUAGGAACCAAUUCAUGGAGCGCAGGAUGCAGGAUCAGCUGGACGGGAGCUUUGAGGAAGAAGCCGCAGCCAUGGCGAACUCCCCGACUUUGUGGUCGAUGCUGCACCGCAUAGCCCACGGCUGCGCCGGCUACCUGGCCGCCGGGGCUCUCCCGAAACCAGCCAACGCUUCCCCGACCGCUGAUGAGGAAUUCAGGGUCGUCCAGGUGCAGUCGAGAUCGAUGACGGUCAAGAGGAAUCUCCGCUUAGAACAGGGUAUCGGCGGGCGUGGGGGAAAAAAAGGUUGAUCUCUAAGCAGUGUCAGUUACGUAGCUCUGACUGGAGAGAAGGAACUAUAAGCACUGCUUUGUGGAGCGAAAAAUGUAUAACAGUACUAUGAAAAAAUGUAUAACAGUACUAUGAAUAAAAAAAUAGCAUCAUCAUGAUUAAUGAAACAGAA